AAUGGUAUAUAUAAAAACGGUAGGAAAGCUGGUUACUGGUGUAUUGAGUUUGGACGAGAAAUUGUGUAAGAUCUUAUCAAUAUUAAAAUCCUAUUUUAGCGGAGGUGGAUUAUACGACAAUAAUGGGUCUUUUAAGAAUGGAAAAUGGAUUGAGUUGAGUGAUAGUUUUUAUUGUUAUUCUUAAGUUACUUAUUAGGGUGAAUAUAAAAAUUGUAAAAAAGUUGGUAUUUGGGUUAUUUUAGGUAAAAUACAGGGUGUAAAUCAAGAGAAGUAAAAUUUUAUUUCAUAUAAAAUAAAGAGGUGGUGGAGAAUAUGAUGAUUAAUUAGAUUGUGUCAAUUCACUAAGGAAUGGAUUAUGGAUUGAGUUGAGCGAUGAGUUUGACGAAUUGUCGUAAAUAAUUUAUAAAGGUGAAUACAAACAUGGAAAAAAAAUUGGUGUAUGGGAUGAAAUAAAUUUUAAGAAGAAUGAAAAAUGUGGCUAAUUGAAUUAUGAAAAUUGA